GUUCUUGGCACCCUCUUUUUAGAUAAGGUAUGUUUUCCAUUCAACUUCAACCCUAUUUCUUUCUUUCUUUUUUCAUCCCUUUUUCUCAAUUUCAAGGUUAUCUCAAUCUGAAUUCCGGUAUCAGUCAAUUAAUUAGGAAAUUAAGGGAAAAGAAGCCGGGAACUAUAUCCAGUGAUGGCCAGUGUUAUUUGGUCACCAACAUUUCACAGCUCUGUGAUUCGAACCAACAAGUCAGAACUAAAACGGUGUGAUCAUAAUGUUAGCAGAAGUGGUUGUAUAAAGGCAAUGAGGAUAGAGAAGCCUUUGGAAGAGCUAUACAAGAUAAGGGUAGAAAGAAAAGUAUCUCCAGAACGUUUAAAUGAGCUUGGAGUAUCAAGAUGGACAACAUGGAAGACUGGAAAAUGCAGAUUGCCUUGGGACUGGCAUGUGGAUCAGCUGGUUUACAUUGAAGAGGGAGAGGUUAGAGUUGUCCCUGAAGGUAGCAAACAUUAUAUGAGUUUCAAAGCUGGUGAUCUUGUGCGUUACCCUAAAUGGUUCGAGGCUGACCUCUGGUUCAACGCUUUUUACCAAGAACGUUAUAGCUUUCGAGCUUAUGGUGAUGAUUAGAUGUAUGACUUCUUCAGUUUUAAAUAGUCUACCAUUUUAGUAAUGCUACAAUAGAUUUAGAGUCACAAUGUUUCAGUGUAUUAGCAGGGUAUAUUGUUGUUGAAUUUUUCUGUAUGAAAAAACUUAAGAAGUUGGUUUAUUCA